UCUCUACAAACCUGUUUGCUUUUGCCAUUGACUUUUACACUCAUUCAUCAGCUCAACUGAAAGUUAACGUGUGAUCCACGGGUCUCCAAGUGUUGAAAUAUGUCUGCGGUUAUUAGAAAGAUCAUUCACACAGCAGCAGCUCCUGCCGCGAUCGGGCCUUACAGCCAGGCUGUUUUGGUGGACCGCACAAUGUACAUCUCAGGCCAGCUGGGAAUGGAUGUAGCAUCAGGACAGUUGGUGGCAGGAGGAGUGCAGGCUCAGGCCAAACAGGCACUCAUUAACAUGGGGGAGAUUCUGAAAGCUGCUGGGUGUGGAUAUGAAAACGUUGUCAAGGCCACAGUAUUAUUGGUAGACAUUAAUGACUUCAACAACGUCAAUGAUGUUUACAAGCAGUUUUUCAAGAGCAAUUUCCCAGCUAGAGCUGCCUAUCAAGUAUCUGCGCUGCCCAGAGGGGGGCUUGUUGAGAUUGAGGCCAUCGCUGUGUUGGGACCCAUCACAGACGCCUCCUGACUAUAUGACCCCAGCAUGCAUCACAAAUUGUAAAUAUAGUUUUAUAGAGACUGCAUCCAAGAUUACAAAAGAAAUCACAAAUAAAGCAUUCCUUUCCAUGGGCAAUAUCUUCUUUUGCAUUCUUGCUAAUAUUAUCAUGAUAUUGAAAUUAAACUAUUACUUUGUGAAUUUACUGUGGAUCUUUCAUCAUUAAAUACACUUAAUCUAUAAUAGCAACCAUUCAAAACACAGUUCAAGUUAAACUUUAUUUUUAAACUCCUACUAAUCUGUCAUUAUCCCGCCACAUAUUACAUUUCCUCCAUUUGCAAAGUUCAGUUCAAUCUUUAGGAAAACAUGUAAUAAAUUUGCAUGUAAUAAAUAAAACAAAUAAAGACCUAUUUUUAAAAUA